CACUUAAAGGUUAUUUCUUCAUUCAAAAUUUCCAAUUAGGAAAAAUGGUUUGGCAUCAGCUUCAUCUACAUGACAUAUAUGUACAUUGUGAUUGUCAUCCUUCUGUAGCCCGUGAAGCAAAAUGAAGCAUUUUGAGUUUAAAACUGCUAGUAGGGCGUUUGAAAGUGGGAGGACCCGAUGACAUCACACUGAGCGAGCGAGCGAGAGAGUGAGAUGAAGACGUAGAGGAGGAGGACGCUGCCUCACAUCCAUCAAUCCAUCCAUCCCUUCUGGCUAAUGAGUUCCUCUGCCCUCUACAAUUCCAACAUCUGAGUGGUCAAGCGUGGACGAGGACGCCGAACAAGAGGCCGGUGAGAGAAGGAGCAGGAGCCUGGCGCUGAGGCUGGUAUGAGAGAAGAAGGUUGGCAAGCCAUCUGGGUGUGAGCAAACACCCACCAGUGGAUCCCCUUUUCCUGUCAAACAGCUCUUUGCUUUGAAUCAUCACAAUUCCCAAGAGGUGUGGAGUGAACGCCAUGUGGUGCGUGACGCUGUUCUUAUCGCUACUGCUAAUCAUCAAUGAUGUCAGCUCCCAGUGGAACGUUUGGGUGCCGCGGGACAUCUCGGCUAUGACCAACACCUGCGUGGUCAUCCAGUGCACCUUCAUGUACCCGUCGGGCGUCAGGCCGUACCGCGGCGUCCACGGCAUCUGGUACUACGGCCAGCCCUACCCGCAGCUCUUCCCGCCGGUGGUGUUCAAGACCCGCACGGACGUGGUGCACGAGAGCUACAAGGGUCGCACCAGGAUGCUGGGUGACCUUCAGCAGAAGAAUUGCACGCUGCUCAUCAACAACGUGGCACCGGAGCACUCGGGGAGAUACUACUUUCGCGCUGAUCUCGGCGGGGCCAACGUGUACACCUUCCCGGAUUUUGCCGAUCUUAAAGUUCUGGAUCAACCCAACAUCGACGUCCCCGACGAGAUCGUGAGCGACGAGAGCCUGACGCUGACUUGCUACGCCCCCGACAACUGCCCCGACAUGAACCCCGAGAUCCAGUGGAUGUACACGGAUUACCUGCCCGACCCCGAAUUCAGCUCCGACUACACCGAGGAGGGCAACACCGCCGUGCAAUCCAGCACAUUGGUGUUCACCCCCAGGCCGGUGCACAAUGGCCAGCUGCUGGGCUGCAGGGUGUACUACCCCAACACCACGCUGGUCUAUGAAAGGCUGGUCUCUCUGGACAUCAAAUACGCUCCGCGUUCAGUGUGGGUGAACGUCUCCUCGGAGGUGAUGGAAGGCAGCUCGGUGAGCCUACACUGUGAAGUGGACAGUAACCCGCCUGCCAGGAUUUCCUGGAAGUUUGGAGAGCAGGAACUGCUGUGGGACACCGCGUCCAACCUGUCGCUCACAUUAGACGACGUGACGCCGGCAGAGGAGGGCGUCUACACCUGCGUUGGCGACAACGGCUACGGCGCCAUGAAUACGUCACUCUACUUAGCCGUCAAGUACCCUCCCCGCGAACCCAUCGUCAACGACUCCUUGACUGUCCAGGAGGGCUCCUCACUGACGCUGCACUGCAGCACUCAGGGAAGCCCGCCGCCUACCCUCACCUGGCUAAAGGACGGCGAACUGGUGGGCACCAUCACCGCUGAUGACUUGUCCGUGCUGGAGCUCGAGGACAUCACACCGCAGGGUGACGGCCAAUACCGCUGCCUGGCUGAGAACGAGCACGGCCGUGCCAGCAGCUCCCUGAACAUCACUGUGGAGUAUGCUCCAAUCCUUCUGGACGAGUCCAAAUGCACGGUAGUGCGGGAGGGCGUGCAAUGCGUCUGCAUGGCUUCGGGGAACCCCGAGCCCACCAUCGAGUUUUACCUGCCCGACUUGAACAUCACCAUCAACGAGACGGAGGGCCGCUACAACUUCUACACGCACACGGACGGCCAGACGUCCACGGGCAUGAUCAAACUGCGAGAGAAGGGCGAGCGGGCCAGCAACGGCGGCCCCGCCGUCAACGUCCACUGCAGCAUCUCCAACAUGUACGGCAGAGAAAGCGUUCUCCUGGAGCUCCAGCAAGAGAAGAAGUACCUCAUGGCCGUUAUCGUGGGCACAAUCGGCGGCGUGGCGGUCAUCGCCUUCAUCAUCGCCGCAGUGAGAUACGUGGGCCAAAACAAUAAGAAAGAGAAUGGCCUCCCUAGGCAGGACGUGGUCCUGGAGAACCCCGCUUUGUACUACAGCGCAGUCAAGAAGGACAAACAAAAUCUGAGGAAGAAAGUGCUUAAGACAGAGCUGUUGGGCUCAAAGUUUAACUCCAUUCUAGAGGAGAGCACGGGAGAAGACGGGGAUUUCCAACCUGCAAGCUCUUUGGCAAGCUUUGAGAGGCGAGAGCUAAACUACGCCGCUCCGGAGCUGGGUGGGUCCAGGGAGGGAGCGCCGGCGGGGAGGGGGGACGACAGCAGCAGCAGUUACGCAGAAAUCAAAGCCAAAUGAAUCGCGAUCCUUCCCUGAUGCCUCGGCCACGCGAGACGCAGUUGCGCUUUUUGACGUGUAAUAUUAGAAAGCUUCUUUCCAUUCCAUCAAAUAAAAACAAAGUCUUAGAGUAAAUAACAUGAAAAAUGGUUCGAUGCAGAAGAAAUUGUUGAGAAAUUUGAGCAAAUAAUGAUGAAAUAAGAAUUUUUAAAGUCACAAUCUUGUGUCGUCGUCACACUCCGUAAAAAAAAACUGCGUCUGCUGCCAGUCAAAGCAUGAGGGAAAGGAUAAAGUGUCUUUUAUUUUAUUUUGCGACAUGUUCAAUGUCACUCGAGGGUUUCCUCCCCCGCAAGAUCAAAAGGGUCAUAAAUGAAAUGACAAUUUUUCAAGCUAAACUGCUCUGACCUUUUCAGGCCUCUGUAUUUCAUUUCUUUUGCCUGAUAGGGUGAAGACGCAACCUUGCGUCACUAUUUUUUAUCGUAUUUAACGUGGACAGUCAACAAAACGGUUGCCGUCUCCUUUAAGAGUCUUUAAAAACGUCCCGAAAUGGAAUCAAGUCCGUAUUUGAGUGUAAAUUGUCAAAUCUUUUUGUAUUGGAACGCUGGCUUCUCUGACUGAUGGGAAAAACGCAGCACUUCUAGAGCCUUCUCUCGUUUUGACAAUGUGUGUGUACGUGUGCCUGUUUGUGUAAAUGUGUUCAAAGUGCUGAAAGACGAUGGCUUUUUGGGGAUGUUCUCAUAAUGUUGCAUCCGAUGUUUAUGUUGUCGGAGAUGGUUGAAAUCCUAACGCACUAUAGCAAUGCUAAACUAAGAGCCUAAUUUGAUAACCAUGGUGUCGAUAACAUAUUAACCAGUGGGAUGCCGGUACAAACAAUAGAAAGUUUCCAAAAUUGCGCCAAACGUUACAGUUAUUGACCAUAUACUACAUGUUGUGUAAUUAUGGCCUGUCAAAUAUUAAAGGGAUACCCCAGUUGUCAA